CGUGUCCCUCGCCGCGCCCCGUCCGCCAGCGCCUGCGCCUUGGCCCGGAACCAAGAUGGCGGCGCCCAGCGGAGGCUUCUGGAUCGCGCUGCUCCUGGCGGCCGCGGCGCUGAAGUUGGCGGCCGCCGUCUCCGAGCCCACCACCGUGCCGUUUGACGUGAGGCCCGGAGGCGUCGUUCAUUCCUUUUCCCAGGACGUGGGACCCGGGGGCAAGUUUGCGUGCACAUUCACGUACGCUUCCCAAGGAGGGACGAAUGAGCAAUGGCAGAUGAGCCUGGGGACAAGUGAAGACAAUCAGCAUUUCACCUGUACCAUCUGGAGGCCACAGGGGAAGUCCUACCUCUAUUUCACACAGUUCAAGGCCGAGGUGCGGGGUGCUGAGAUCGAGUACGCCAUGGCCUAUUCCAAAGCUGCCUUUGAGAGAGAAAGUGAUAUCCCAUUAAAAAACGAGGAGUUUGAAGUGACCAAAACAGCAGUGUCUCACAGGCCUGGGGCCUUCAAAGCUGAGCUCUCCAAGCUGGUGAUUGUAGCCAAGGCGGCACGAUCGGAGCUGUGACCUUCCCGUUUGGGC